UUUCAAUCAAUGCUGGUGCACACCGCUUUGCUCCGACACGAGUGGGUGUGACAACGGAGUGCGCAAGCGCCCACGCCCCCCGUGACGUCCGCUGAAAGAAAAGCUCACCAGAGCUGGAGCGAGGCAGGAUUAUAGGUACGGCGAAGGUGAGAAAGAAGGGAAGAAAUAAAACAGAAGGAGGAGGAGGAGGAAAAAAAAGAGAAGGGAAGGCAGAUCGUCAAGGAGGGAAAGCGGGACCACGGGACUAACAGAAAAGAGAGACAUCGUCAAGGGGGAACAAAAAACCAAGCAAAAAAUAAACUGCGGUUUGAAUUCUUGUCGCAGUACAAAGACAUUAUGUGCAAAUGAAGGAGCCCCGAAAACUACGAACACGCUUCUUGCUGCUGCUGACUAACGUGCUCGGGAUCCGUAGGUGAGAAGGAGCAGAACUGCGGUCGUCGGACGCUGCUGUCAGUCCACACUUACCUACUGUAGAGUCAGGUGUCCGGCAGUCGCGGCAUGGAUCUUAGGAGAGGAAGGAAAAUUAGCUAGCGGUUUCGGCGUUUGACGGCAAGGGGAGUGAAUAUCCAAAAGAACAAUUGGAAGCUGUCGGGAGGAAUGGAUUGCAGCGUUCUCCGGAGCCUCAUAAAUAGAUACGAAAGGAUCAUUUGAUCAGCAUGUGACGGGAGAGAGGCCUUGGUGAUUAGACGCAAUUCAGGCUUCACAGAACAGUUUGUUAAAACUUUCGUAAACCCACCUACAGCUGUGCAGCUAGAAGCCUGGGCAAAAAUAAGCAAAUUAGAACAAGCACACAACCCCGUGAGAACAGAACGUGGAUGUUAAAUGAAUGAUUUGUCUGUUUCUAAACUGAAAUUUUCUGAAGUUGGAGGCGCACAGAGCAGGGGUUAUCCCGCAUGAAGAGAAGAUGCUGAGAAAGUGUGCUGGAGAGGAGAACUGGGUGGACAGCCGGACAGUGUACAUCGGCCACAAGGAGCCCCCGCCUGGAGCAGAGGCCUACAUUCCCCAGAGAUACCCAGACAACAGAAUAGUCUCCUCUAAGUACACUUUCUGGAACUUUGUACCGAAAAACCUGUUUGAACAGUUCAGAAGAAUUGCAAAUUUUUAUUUCCUAAUCAUUUUCCUUGUGCAGUUGAUUAUUGACACUCCGACUAGCCCCAUCACUAGUGGACUUCCACUGUUCUUUGUGAUUACAGUCACUGCCAUCAAACAGGGAUAUGAAGACUGGCUCAGGCAUAAAGCAGACAAUGCCAUUAAUCAGUGUCCUGUCCACAUCAUCCAGCAUGGCAAAGUGGUGAGAAAGCAGAGUCAGAAAUUACGAGUGGGAGACAUCGUGCUAGUUAAAGAAGACGAAACCUUCCCCUGUGACCUAAUUUUCCUGUCGUCCAGUCGAGAGGAUGGGACGAGCUUCGUCACAACGGCCAGUUUGGAUGGAGAAUCCAGCCACAAGACGUAUUACGCUGUUCAAGACACAAAAGCAUUCAACACGGAAAAAGAAGUGGACUCUCUCAGAGCAACCAUUGAAUGUGAACAGCCUCAACCUGACCUUUACAAAUUCGUGGGGCGCAUUAAUAUUUAUCAGGACCGGGACGAGCCCAUUGCAAGGCCAUUGGGAUCUGAAAAUCUCCUUCUUAGAGGGGCUACACUGAAGAACACGGAAUACAUUUACGCUGUCGCCAUCUACACAGGCAUGGAGACCAAAAUGGCCCUGAAUUACCAGUCCAAAUCCCAGAAACGAUCGGCUGUGGAAAAGUCCAUGAAUGCUUUCCUGAUUGUCUACCUUUGCAUUCUGAUCAGUAAAGCUCUGAUCAACACUGUGCUGAAAUACGUCUGGCAGAGCGACCCAAAUAGGGAUGAGCCCUGGUACAACCAGAAGACUGAGUCCGAAAGGCAGAGGAACCUGUUUCUGAGAGCUUUCACGGAUUUCCUGGCCUUCAUGGUUCUCUUCAACUACAUCAUCCCAGUGUCCAUGUAUGUCACGGUGGAGAUGCAGAAGUUCCUGGGCUCCUAUUUCAUCUCCUGGGAUGAGGAGAUGUUUGAUGAUGAACUAGGGGAAGGCGCACUGGUCAACACCUCGGAUCUCAACGAAGAACUGGGGCAGGUGGAAUAUGUCUUUACGGACAAAACGGGAACACUGACGGAAAACAACAUGGAGUUUAUUGAGUGCUGUGUCGACGGUCACGUGUACAUCCCUCAUGCGAUUUGUAAUGGUCAGAUUCUGCCUGGCACUUCUGGUAUUGACAUGAUUGAUUCCUCUCCAGGAGCGGGUGGGAAGGACCGCGAGGAGCUGUUCUUCCGAGCCCUGUGCCUCUGUCACACGGUGCAGGUGAAGGAAGAGGAGACGGUGGAUGGGAUAAAGAAGGGCCUCCAGCAGAGUAGCAGGUCCUCCUCUGUCUACAUCUCUUCGUCACCCGAUGAAGUGGCACUGGUGGAAGGCAUGAAGAGACUAGGCUUUACCUACUUGAGGCUGAAGGACAGCUUUAUGGAAAUUCUAAACAGAGAUGAUGAAAUAGAAAGGUUUGAAUUACUGGAAGUGCUGAACUUUGAUUCUGUUCGAAGGCGAAUGAGUGUUAUUGUUAGGUCCAGCACAGGAGAAUAUUAUCUGUUCUGUAAAGGUGCAGAUUCCUCAGUAUUUCCCAGAGUCAUCUCAGGCAAAGUGGAGCAAGUCAAAGCAAGAGUAGAGCACAAUGCUGUGGAAGGCUUGCGGACACUCUGUGUGGCCUACAAGGUGCUCUCACGGGAAGAAUUUGAAGAAGUGUGCAAAAAGCUUAACAAUGCUAAACUGGCUCUGCAAGACCGGGAUAAGAAGCUCGCUGAGGCCUACGAUGUCAUUGAACGCGAUUUCAUUCUGCUGGGAGCAACAGCAGUGGAGGACAGGCUUCAGGACAAAGCCGCCGACACUAUUGAGUCCUUGCACAAAGCAGGAAUGAAAGUGUGGGUCUUAACGGGGGACAAAAUGGAGACCGCAGCUGCUACCUGCUACGCCAGCAAGCUCUUCAGGAGGAGCACCCAGAUCCUGGAGCUCACCACCAAGCGGACAGAGGAGCAGAGCUUGCAUGACGUCCUCUUUGACCUCAGCAAGACCGUCCUGCGAAACCAUGGGAGCCUCACCAGGGACACAUUCUCAGGGCUUUCCCAGGAAAUUCAAGAUUAUGGUUUGAUCAUCGAUGGAGCCACCCUGUCUUCGGUCAUGAAGCCAGCGGAGGAUGGCAGCUCGGGCAAUUACAGAGAGAUCUUCCUGGAGAUCUGCAGGAACUGCAGCGCUGUGCUGUGCUGCCGCAUGGCUCCAUUACAGAAGGCCCAGAUUGUAAAACUGAUCAAAGCAUCCAAGGAGCACCCCAUCACUUUAGCAAUUGGGGAUGGAGCCAAUGAUGUUAGCAUGAUCUUAGAGGCACAUGUUGGGAUUGGAAUCAUGGGAAAAGAGGGCCGUCAAGCUGCACGGAACAGUGACUAUGCAAUUCCGAAGUUCAAGCAUUUGAAAAAGAUGCUACUGGUGCAUGGACAUUAUUAUUACAUAAGGAUAGCAGAGCUUGUGCAAUACUUCUUUUACAAGAAUGUCUGCUUCAUCUUUCCUCAAUUUUUGUACCAGUUCUUCUGUGGAUUUUCCCAGCAGCCAUUGUAUGAUACAGCAUAUCUCACACUGUACAAUAUCAGCUUCACUUCUCUUCCUAUACUGUUGUACAGUCUGAUAGAGCAACAUGUUAACAUGGACAUUCUGAAGAGAGACCCAUCACUGUACAGGGACAUUGCCAAGAACUCCCUCUUGCGUUGGCGGAUAUUUAUUUACUGGACAUUCCUUGGGGUCUUUGAUGCAGUGGUCUUUUUCUUUGGUGCUUAUUUCCUGUUCGACAACACCACUUUUACAAGUAAUGGACAGCUAAUGACUGCCAACACGCACAUGAUGUUUGGGAAUUGGACCUUUGGGACUCUUGUGUUCACUGUUCUUGUGUUUACUGUCACUCUAAAGCUUGCCCUGGAUACACAUUACUGGACCUGGAUAAACCAUUUUGUCAUCUGGGGAUCGCUGCUUUUCUAUGUUAUUUUCUCCCUGCUGUGGGGAGGUAUCAUUUGGCCUUUCUUGAACUAUCAGAGGAUGUACUACGUGUUCAUGCAGAUGCUGUCUAGUGGUCCUGCUUGGCUGGGCAUCAUUUUGCUCAUUACGGUCAGCCUUCUGCCAGAUGUGGUUAAAAAGGUGAUCUGCAGACAGCUCUGGCCCACCACGACAGAACGCAUUCAGAAUGCUGAAAAACUGUACCAGGGCAGUAUCUCCGAGUUCACACCCCUUGCCUCGCAUCAGAACCCCAAACACAAGAGCGACAGUUCCAGGAACCCCCUCUCCAGAAGGUCUGAGCGUCUUUCCAAAAAAAUGAUGUACACCCACUGGGGGGGAAGCGACUACUGCACUUUUAACUCCUUCUUCGGCUUUUCAGAUAACUCUCUGACCUCCGGGACGAGAUUCUCUCACAGCGGGUCAGGCCUGGAGACCUCAGUGUAAUUUAGACUUCCCUUACUCUACCCAAGCCUUUAAAAACACACACCGAAACCUUGUGCAUUGUCUUACUCUCAGAGCUGGGAGGUCCAUUUCAGCUCUGAAGGAUUGAUAACGUUUCUGAACUAGAUCCUGGCCUUUGGAUAUGUGGCCGAAUACUCUGGGCUCUUUGUAUUACUCAAGUGUAAGAACAAGACGGCGCAGUCUGGAACUGUGCGUCCCGUGGCAACGGCAAACCUUCCUGUGAUUGGUCUGCGCAAGCCAAUCAUUUUUCCGUCUCUCCUCAUUCUCUCUCCUGCCUGUUCUCCACAUGUGAUAUUACUUGAAUCAAACAUUGCUGUCUGGAGCUUUAUGAUCAACUGUCUUUCUCGUAGCAAAAACAAUGAUACACGUCUGCAAAUUCUGUACUGGAUGAAACCUGUCUGUAAUGUAUGUUUGUAAACUGACUGGCCAUUUUUCCUCUCUCUCUCUCUCUCUUUCUCUCUCAAUUUUUAUAGAACAAACUGGUGUUGCCUGUGCGCAAAUCUUUUAUCAAGAAACACACCUUAAGACAUUCUUAUCUGCUCAUUGUAAGUUGCUAGGCCAAGUGAUUUGACUAAUUUUGCUAGGUUUUUCCCAGUAGAUAAUGAUGUUGGUGUGUGUGUGCCUAUGUGUGUAGAGUAGAGUCAUGCUGUAACUGGAAUGUCAGGAUAGUGGGAUGAUUAAACCAGUUUAUGCCCUUUAUGUAGUUUUGGCACCAAUUAUAACUGACCAGCGAAGAGAUUUAGUUUUAAGUGUAAAGUAGUAAAACUGUUAAAUGGGUUAAUUGGAGGAAUACUGAAUUAAAGAAAAUUAGGCUUUUUUCAAUUUUUAGUAUAAAGUGCAAUAAUGAUGUACAGUAGGAACAAUCCCGGUAUAAAACUUAAUAGUCUGCAUGAUCAAUUUAGUCUCUUGCUUAAGGUGCAUUAAAUGUUCAGUAUUUUUUUUAAUAGAACUUAGGGUGACAAUAAGUGAUCUGAAUGUCUUGCUGUUACAGCACUAUAAUGACCACAGGACGGUUGGUACCAAAGUUAAUAUCAUGUCAUACAAGUUACAUGAUCGAGAUGAAAAUCUAAAUCUAUAGAAACCCUAUCUGCGUGGCAGCCAGUUUACAAUGCAUCCAUAUUUUUGCUUCCCUAUGUGUCUGUCCCCUGGCUUCAAUAGCCUUGAUGUCACGAACAGUAUUCACUGGAACCUGUAGUUUAUAUGUCGGUGGUGUAAGUAUUUGUGUGAAGAGAUUCCUGCCUUAAGAUCGCAACCUUCCCUUUUUGUUACACCUUAGACCGGAGCUUAAAGAAGAUAAAAGAGAAAUAAACAUACCCCUUGUGUGUGUCUUCCAAGUCAAUGCCAGAGAAAAGGCAGGUACUAGGUACUGGCCGUCCCUCCUUGUGACUGGUUUCGUCAUCGAUAUAAGUAGUUGAAUUGUAACCGAGUGUGAGACCGCGAACUAUGUGUGAGGAUUUCAGCAAAUACCUAAUCUGUGUUUUGAUUAAGUUCAUUGCCACCAUAACUGUAAUUUUCUUUGUAUAAAACCUUUUCUUUUUCAUCUCAUCGGUUUUGCAUUAGCACUGGUUAUGGAAUGCCAACAGUUCUGUAUUUACUGCUAAAGAGUAAGGAAAGACGACCUGCCCUUUCAGUAUUACUGAUUUAUGACUGUUUAUUUUCCCACCUCUAUUGUUUCCUAGAGCUCAAGACCUUAAGCAGGCCCCCAAAUAUUUCCUCGUAUUAUCUACAGUUCAUAAUGUUUGGCCAUCUCCGAUAGUUCUAAAGGAUCACGGACAGGACUAUUUUAAAAACUUUCCUUCCUAAAAAGGGAUUCCUUAGACUGUCCCCUUCAAUUCCUAGUUCAGAUUUGAUGUGCACUGCUUUCGAACCCUGAGCUGAGGCAUUCCCCUUUACCAGGCAAAGUUCUUGACUACUGGAGUGACAUUACUACUUAUUUUUCCUGCUUCCAAAUGCACCGUUACAAACAUGGAUCAAGAGCUGUUACAGUAUAUCAAAAUCUCUUUCGGUUCCUACCUUAUCCUUUGUCUUUUUAUAUUUAUAGUUUUUUUUAUUAUCAUUUCUGUCUUCAGGGUUUUAACAAGAUCCAAGAUGCUUAAUACUCUAAAUUAAGUUAUUCGUCUUUAACCCUGUAAUUGCAUGUGGGAUUAAAUAAAAGACAAUAUACUCCCCUUCCAUUCGGGAGAAGUGUGUAGGUGCUGUCCUGCCCAAACUGAAAGUGGGUCACAAGUUAAAAGCACUUUAUCUGCAUUUAGUCUUUGACGCUACCUGACGACAUCCACUCGCCUCACCUGAGAACUUGAUAGGCUCAGGAAGUCGAUUUUUCUCAUAGACAGCCUUGAGUUUUUUUUUAGUUCAGGCCAUAUUAAGAGAAGUUUAAAGACCUCAAAUCCUCUUGACUCGACUGCCGAUGGAAACACGCUAGAUCCCCGUGAUUCCCAUCUGCUCUUUCUGUGUUUUAGUCAACCUUUGUGUUCUAUCACAGGCCCCAUGGGGAUGUCAUCUUCUUUUAACUAAAGCCUGCGAUUUAGAUAUUGUUUGAAAAUGGAGGGAUGGAACCUUCUGUCUAAGGUGUUUGAUCUCCCAAUCGAAAGUUAAGGUCCUGGUGCUGUUUUUGAUGUACAAUAUAGUUCAUUUGACGAAAGAAGACAUGAAAUUACGGUGGUGGUCAUGUAAAGAAAGGGAAGUACUACCUUUUUAGACUUGAGGUUCCAGGUUAUUGUAUUAUGCCAGGCACAUUCUGGGGUUAAGCUGCAAAGCCUGCAAUACUCAGGGGCGGGUUGCAGUGACGUGGUCUUACAAGUUUUAAAGGAAUGGCUAUUCCUGCUGUCUAUUGUUUUGCAUAUCCUCUCUCUUAUCUGAGACAAAUAUUUGAUGCUGUUCUCAUAAUGAUUUACACAUAAUUUGUCCCAGUGUGGGUCAGGAUUAAAUGCAUCCCGUGGAUUUGUGGAGCAUUAAACCCGGAAGUUUCAAAAUCCUGUGAAGUGCUGCUUUGCAUUAUAAAAAUAAUUGCAAAUAUUUUCAGUCUUGCAUUCAUUUUUCUCAGCUCUUAUUUCUUACUUUUGCUUUUUUCUUAUUUCCAUCCCUUAGUGAUGAUAAAGAAGAACCCUUUGCAUGAUGAUUGAAUCCACUACUCUCUCUCUGCCUACUAACUUUUCAGCUAACCUGCAGCUUCACAGCAGCCUUUCUGUUCAUCUCAUUUUACCUCUUUCCUGUGUCUGGGCACACAGCUAAAACAAAUACUGACAGUGUAUGCCAGAGCUGGAGAGAGAGGUGUUAUAAGAAACCUCGAAGACUUGAAGGGUUAUUGUGCCGAUACUCUUAGCUAUAUCUGAGCAGAUGCCUAAUGGCUUGUACUAUGCUAAAUGAAGUAAUAUUUUGAAAAAGUUUUUCUAAGAGGGUCUCGUGAAUAUGUUCUGCCUGUAUUUUAGUGUAGCAGAGCACUAUGUCCCAGCCGUAUUUCUUGGAAAAUAUUCCAGUUUGUAAUAUGAGAUCAUGUCAUCCUUUGUUAAACUAGAAAUGUGUACAAAAUGUCAGUCAUUAGUUAUUAGCACAAGGUAUUUGUGAUGCACAGGAGAGCUAAAAGAAUGUUUAUGACAAAUGGAUGUGUGGGGAUAUAUUCCCCAUUCUUCAAGAAAUGAGGCUUUUAUUCAUAUUUAAAUGCACUGCUGAUGCUGUAACACUCCAAAAAUUUUAAAGAAGUGUCAAAGAUGCAUAAAACUGGUUUUGACUGUAAAUUAGCAUUGACACGCUACCAAUGCAAAAGUUUACGGAGGUAAGAUGGGUAAUGUUUUAGGUACCAAACAUUACCAUUGUGUUGCCUCUGUAGAAAUUUUAAGAGCUUAGAUUGUAAGAGUGUUAAACUGUUCAACACUGGGAUUUAAAAACAUCUGAUUUACUCAUCAGAUGUUGACUUUGGGUUUUUUUUUCUUGUGUUGUACUUCAUGAAGCAACCACUGAGUAUUUUGUCGGGAGACAUGUUAUUCUUUGCGAAAUAUCCACACUCUUGCCCUGAUCUGGAUUUUAAAAACCUGUUGCAGCAGGUUAAACUUAGUUUGCUCUGUGUUUUGUUCUAACCAGCGUGUAUGCACCAUUAAUAUAUUUGGUGCCUUGUUGGCUGAGUUUCUUUGAUCAAGCAGAUGUCAAAUAUGCUAAAUAAAUAACCUUGUUGAUCUAUAUUACCAGGAAUUGUGGUACAAAUAAGUGUUUCCUAGCAGAACACACAUCUAUCGUCUUAUAUUUGUUUGCUAUUUUAGGUUUUUAAUACACCACUAAUUCAUUGUAUCAGUACAUUUUGGUUGUGUAUAACCACCAGACACUGACUUCUCAUUAAUCUGGGUCUAGGUUCUUGGGAAAACGUUAAGAACUACUGUGUUUUGAAAUCGUACCUAAUGUUUAUCAGUUAUGGAUCUUUUGUAAUUCUUAAGAGAAAAGCUUUUUUGCUACUUUUGUAUUUUACUGGAGGGAAGAAAGUUAUUUGACCUAUUUAUUUAGAAUGUCGGAUUUCAGUUUCAGAACUACUGAACGUAAAAAUGAGACAUGAAAACUAUUAUGAAAUAAUAGCUUUAAAGUGCUGCUAUUUAUUGAUUUUACUCCUGAAAAUGGUGUAUACACUGGUUUUAUUUGUAAAGGACCUGUACAGUAAUCCCACCAUAUAUAACACUCCACCACUUGUGUAAAAAGGCACUCACUGUUGGGAAUGGUGCAACCAGGAGAGUUUACUGGACCAGAGUUCUGCAGCAGUUGUCUACUCAGUCUGAAUCUGUGCAGGACUGUAGUGGGCCUCACCCUCUGUCAUCUUGCCAGCUUCUAAAUUUCAGCAAUGUGCUUUCUUCUUCAGUAAGUUGGCACGCUGUACUACUGUUUGCUUAUAAUUUGAAGUUGAAAUGUAUACAAUCCAAGGUAAAUAGUAUAAUGUUGUACAGUUUUUUUUCUUUUUUGUACUGGUAUACAGUUUUUAACAGAUUGAUAUCUGUUGAUUUUUUUCAGUCUUUCUGUAGUACACUUGAGCAAGAAACUGUAAAAACCGCUUGUAAUAAAGGAAGAACAAAAAUACA